AUGCACAGCUUGUCAGGUGUCAUUGAGGGGCUCUCCCUGGGCAUUGUGCCGUACCUGGUGUUCUUGGUGGUGCCUGUUCUGGGCCGCAUGAGUGACCAGGAUGAAGCUGUCCGGCUUAUGGCCACCCACUGCUUUGCUGCCCUGGUUCGCCUGAUGCCCCUUGACAGUGGUGCCAUUGAUGAGGCCGGAGGACCCCUGUCGGCCGACCUGCGUGAGCGCCGAGCGAGUGAGCGCCAUUUCUUGGAGCAGCUGAUGAAUGCACGGCAUGCAGACAACUAUGAACUGAGUGUGCCCAUCAAUGCGCAGUUGCGCUCUUACCAACAGGAGGGUGUGAACUGGUUGGCAUUCCUGAAUAAGUACAGCCUGCAUGGCAUCUUAUGUGAUGACAUGGGUCUGGGCAAGACACUCCAGUCCAUCUGCAUUCUGGCCUCGGACCACCACAAAAGAGAGCAGCUGUACAAGGAAACGCAGCGUGCAGAUGCCAAGCCUCUUCCCUCAUUGGUCGUGUGCCCGCCUACGUUAACAGGUCACUGGGUGUACGAGGUGGAGAAGUUUGUCUCAAGCCAGUACCUGCAACCACUGCACUACACGGGACCCCCAAUGGAGCGUGCCAGGCUGCAGGAGAAAGCACACAAGCACAACCUGGUGGUGGCCUCAUACGACAUUGUGCGCAACGACAUUGAUUUUUUUGCUACCAUCAGGUGGAACUACUGCAUUCUUGACGAGGGGCACAUCAUCAAGAAUGGACGAACCAAGCUGGCACGUGCCCUGAAGCAGCUGCAGGCCAACCACCGGCUCAUUCUGACGGGCACACCCAUCCAGAACCAAGUGCUUGACCUGUGGUCUCUGUUCGACUUCCUCAUGCCAGGAUUCCUGGGCACGGAGCGGCAGUUUGCGCAACGCUUUAGCCGCCCUAUCCUACAGUCACGUGACGCCAAGUCUUCCUCAAGAGAGCAGGAGGCUGGAGUGCUGGCCAUGGAAAGCUUGCAUCGGCAAGUCCUUCCAUUCUUGCUGCGUAGAGUCAAGGAUGACGUCCUGCAGGAUCUGCCCCCAAAAAUAAUCCAGGACUACUACUGUGAGCUGAGCCCACUACAGGUACGUAUUCACUAG